AUGAGUGAUCAGGAGAGGGAGACAGAAGAGGAUGAGGGAGGGGGUACCUUGGACACAGCACCCAUGCUGCCUCAAAGGCCUCCUGACCAUCACACCUCAGCCCUGAGAAGCCCAGGGUGGUCUGGUCUGGCCUUCCGAGGUCUCAAGACCCUGCUGCUGCCUGGGAGGGCCCUGGCCGUGCUCCUGCUCCAUCUGCUGCUGCCUGGAACCGUUUUUCUGCUGUUACUGCUGCCCGCAGCUGGCAUUGUCUACCUGGGAUUCCUGUGCCACUCCAGGGUCCACCCGGCGCCUGGCCCCAGGUGCCGCGCGCUGCUCUCGGAUCGCGGCUCCGCUGCGCUCAUCGUGUUGGGCUUCCUCUCGCUGCCGCCGCUGCUCGUGCUGGCCUCGGCCGCCCGCGCCCGCCUGGUCCGACAUCUCCGCCUGCUGCUGCCGUCCCCAGCGGGGAACCCGGGGUCCCACGAGGAGCAGUUCUAUGCCGGGGCGUGACGCCGGUUCUCGGACUCCCGGGAGGCCCCCUAAAGCUCCGGGUGGGGCGGGGCGGGGCGGGGCGCGGGGAUGACACCGGACUCCGCCGGACCCUGGCGGCCCCUUCCCCACCCUCCGGAACCCCGACCCCCGCUGCCGAGAGGCUGGGAAGCACGCAGAAGGAGACCCCCGGAGGCAGCCUCCGAGCGCAGCUGCCUCCGGAGGCCCAGCCCCUGCGCCCACCUGUGCCUGAGCGGGUGAGGCCGGCCUGGAGACACCCACUCCCGCCGAACCUCAGUGGGCGGCCAGCAGCAGCUGGCUUGGAGGGGUCAGCAGGCUCAGUCUGUCUUCGGAAGUUCUCGUUGAAACAGGCCGCAAAGAAAGAGAGAAAGAGAGAAAGAAGUCCGUCCUUGCGGAUAAUUUGGCCGUCUUCGGCGUUCUGCGGCUUCACCAGCAUGUUUCCGGGAGUGGGUUUGUCCUUCUGCUGUCCUGGGGUUGAACCCAGCAGGGGUGCUCCACCACAGAUCACUUUAUGUGUUUUGAGACAGCCUCGCUAAAUUGCUGAGGCUGGUCUCAUACUUGAGAUCCCUGUCUGCGGAUUCAUAUCUUAUAACAGUUCUGGAAUAUUCUCAACCAAUAUCACGUCCUUAUGACUCACUGUUGUCUUUCCCCCCUUUUGUAUUUUCCAUCUGCAUGUGCCUGGUCUGCAGUCUGAACAAUUUCUUCAUCUCCUUCUAGUUCGUUGAAAUUCAUCCUUUCUAAUCAGCUGAU